UGUAAGAAUUAGGUGCUGCUGACAUUUCAACAUGAAGGGCAACUUCACUCUUGCCACCAUCAGCAGAAACAUUACCAGCAGUCUUCAUUUUGGGCUUGUGACCAUCUCUGGCAAUGAGUCUGCCUUUAACUGCUCACAUAAGCCAUCAGAUAAGCAUUUAGAUGCAAUUCCUGUUCUCUACUACAUUAUUUUUGUGAUUGGGUUUCUUGUCAAUACUAUCGUGGUUACAUUGUUUUGUUGUCAAAAGGGUCCUAAGAAGGUUUCCAGCAUUUACAUCUUCAAUCUGGCUGUGGCUGACUUACUGCUUCUGGCUACUCUUCCUCUCUGGGCAACCUAUUAUUCUUACAGAUAUGACUGGCUCUUUGGACCUAUGAUGUGUAAAGUUUUUGGUUCUUUCCUGACCCUGAACAUGUUUGCGAGUAUUUUUUUUAUCACUUGUAUGAGUGUUGAUAGGUACCAGUCUGUCAUCUAUCCCUUUCUGUCUCAAAGAAGAAAUCCCUGGCAAGCAUCUUAUAUAGUUCCCCUUGUUUGGUGUAUGGCCUGUCUGUCUUCAUUGCCAACGUUUUAUUUCCGAGAUGUCAGAACCAUUGAAUACUUAGGAGUGAAUGCUUGCAUUAUGGCUUUCCCACCUGAGAAAUAUGCUCAAUGGUCAGCUGGGAUUGCCUUAAUGAAAAAUAUCCUUGGUUUUAUUAUUCCUUUAAUAUUCAUAGCAACGUGCUAUUUCGGAAUCAGAAAACACUUACUGAAGACCAAUAGCUAUGGGAAGAACAGAAUAACCCGUGACCAAGUCCUGAAGAUGGCAGCUGCUGUUGUUCUGGCGUUCAUCAUUUGUUGGCUUCCCUUCCAUGUUCUGACCUUCCUGGAUGCUCUGGCCUGGAUGGGUGUCGUUAAUAGCUGUGAAGUUAUAGCAGUCAUUGACCUGGCACUUCCUUUUGCCAUCCUCCUGGGAUUCACCAACAGCUGCAUUAAUCCCUUUUUGUAUUGUUUUGUUGGAAACCGGUUCCAACAGAAGCUCCGCCGUAUGUUUAGGGUUCCAAUUACUUGGCUCCAAGGCAAGAGAGAGAGAGUGUCGUGCCGAAAGAGCAGUUCCCUUAGAGAAAUGGAGACCUUUGUGUCUUAA